CCGGGCUCCAUCCUUAUCAGUGGUUUCCCACAGCUGGAUACCAGGAUCUCAGUGUAUCAUUGGCAAAGAUUUGUGCAGCUGGCGUAGUCCUCAAGCAUCACCCAACUUUGCUGUUUGACUGCACUUCGUAACUAGUUCCGGCGCAAUACUCUCGGCUACUUCUGGAGGUUCCCGGGAAAGAUUAUCUUCAUCAUCAUGCUCAUUGUUUGUUGCCUUGAUACCUACAGGUCACUAUAUGUGGGAGUCACAGACCAUCGUAUGUGGCGAAAGGAAAGGUGAUAACAUCAGACCGAAACCUACGGAUCACGCCACCUAUUACUUCAACCGCCACGAGGGCACGUGUACUGAGCACUCAUGGUACACGUAUACUUUCGAACGCGUCUUUCAAGCGAGUCAACAGCGCAUGAUCUUAUCGGCUGUCUUACUAUUCGGCUCCUUGCCGACAUGAUCACAUCGAGGGCAUUUGAGGUCUGGUGGUUGAUCAUCAGCUUCUGUUGGGGCGUUCUCAACCUGUGGAUGCGGCCGACACUCAACGAAGAGGGCCACAACACGUGGACUUUCGGGCAAGUGAUGGCUUUGCUAGUUGUCUUUGCACUCCUCAUAACAUUGAUCGAAGGCUAUGUCAAAGCGGUAUCGGUUGGUCCGUAAAAGGUCUGACUGUAGCCCUCCCUGACAGACUACCCUAGUCUAGUGUGUGAAAGGUCACUGGUCUGAGGUCAGGUAUAUA